CCUCCGUUCUAUACCGACAUAUCGAAUAACACAAAACAGUUACCCUUAAAAACGCACGCGUUAUUCACACAUCCAAGCCGAUAUGCCUAAUCACCGGCAUUGGGUCUGGCAAAAGCAACAGAGAACGUCAACUUCGGAUUCAAGGUUGCCAGGCUUGGACAAGACGAGGGCAACACGAAUGAGCUUAUUCAGGCAACCCCCAUGGCUCAUUUGACUGCGCUCGCUUUCACGGUGACAGUAUUAUUAGCCUCCUCGCAUCGCGCGUCACACCGACGCUCCUUCACGGUCGACUACGCGAACAACCAGUUCCUGAAAGAUGGCCAGCCUUUCCGCUUCAUUUCCGGCUCCCUACACUAUUUCCGCAUCCCAAGGGCGUACUGGAAAGACCGCAUGGUUAAGAUGAGACUCGCCGGCUUAAACGCCUUGGACGUGUACGUCGAGUGGAGCGGACACGAAUUGGAACCAGGAAAGUUCAACUUCAAGGGCGAUUACGACUUGCAGGUGUUCUUGGACAUCGCCAAGGAAGUCGGGCUGCUGGUCAUCUUCAGACCCGGUCCGUACAUAUGCGCUGAAAGAGACAAUGGCGGCUUGCCCUACUGGCUGCUGAGGUUGAAUCCCGUCAUGAGGUACAGGUCGUCCGACAUCACUUACAUCGCUCGCGUGGACAAGUGGUUCGGCGUGCUGCUGCCCAUGGUGGAGCCGUACCUCUACCGGAACGGCGGUCCCAUCAUCGCCGUGCAAGUGGAGAACGAGUACGGCCACUACGUUAGCUGCGACGGCUUUUACAUGCGGCACCUGGUCAGGCUUAGCCAACACUACCUCGGACGGGACGUCGUCCUGUUUAGGACAGACGAACCGAACGACACGUUAUACAGAUGCGACGAAGUCCAGGGACCCCUGGUGGCAGCCGAUUUCGGUUCGGACAAGAACGUCGACGUAAUGUUUCGGUUCGUCAGGAGCGCCAUGAGGCACGGUCCACUCGUCGUAGCCGAGUACUACUCCGGUUGGAUGGACAACUGGGGUCGACGUCACGCCCACGUCGAUCAAGGUAUGGUGCUCAGGAACUUGGAGACGAUCCUGCAAUACAACGCGUCGGUGAACUUUUACAUGUUCCACGGUGGAACCAAUUUCGGGUUCACGAACGGCGCGAAUCCGCCGGCUCAGCCGACGAGCUACGACUACGGAGCCCCCUUGACGGAAGCAGGGGAUCCCACCCAUACCUACUUCACGAUAAGGAAGAUUGUGGGACGCUACCUGCCGCUGCCGAACGGAGCAUUGCCUCUUCCGGCACCCAAGCUAAAGCUCGGUGUCGUCAGUCUCGACUCGUGUACGUCGCUUGACCCAUUGCGCGAUUUUCUACAGAGACAAGGGUACGUCAAGCCCGUAGUGUCUCGAUGGCCCUUAUCGUUCGAAGCGCUCCGUCAAGCCUACGGGUACGUUGUGUACACAGUGAGGUCUUCGUUCAGGCAUGCGAGCCCGACCGUUCUGAGUGUGCCGGGUAUCAAGAACAGGGGCUACGUGUUCACCGCGCAGACGCGCGCGGUACUGAGCAGCGAUCACUUUGUGUUCAGCGCGCCCGUGGUGGUACAGCCCGGUGAGAACAUCACCAUUCUGGUGGAAAACACCGGCAGGAUCAAUUACGGCAUUUUGAAUCACGACACGAAGGGAAUCAUCUCCAACGUCACGCUGGGAAACAGCGUGCUUUUUGGCUGGACUAUGGAGCCGUUGCCACUGGACGCGUCCUAUGUGAUUAGGCAUCUGAUUGACGCCCUCGAGAGCUCGAGCUUGGGUCGACACUGCUUCGCGCCCGCUGCCUUCUUCGGGACAUUCAUGCUGCCCAAGGGUCAAAAGGUGUUGGACACCUACCUGGACCCCACGGGCUGGGGCAAAGGGGCGGCCUACGUCAACGGCUUCAACCUUGGCAGGUACUGGCCAAGCGUAGGCCCACAGGUGACUCUGUACGUUCCCGGUGUGUUGUUGCGUCCAUACCCGCAGAAGAACACAAUCCUGCUCUUCGAGACGGAGUUCACGCCGCCAGGCAACCGGACCGUUAGCUUCGUAGAUGUGCCCUACAUUGACGGUCCCAUCCCUGGCGACACGGUGCCCUUCGGGGGAUAGAGAUUCACGCGUCUCGUUUCGAGCGUUUUUGCGUACGAGUGCAGCUACGUUUUACAGCGGCCGAGUGCUUCUUGUAGGGCCCGCUAGAUCGGCACGAGCUUCAUAUAGAGAGGCGAGAGCGACGGAUUGCAAUCGUAAACUUGAGAGGCGUACCGUACUACAUUGCAUUGUCUGCUACUUCAGAUGAUUAUCACUGGUGGUGAAGCAAAAAAAAAAAAAAAAGGAAGAAUAGCGCAAAUGAACAAUAAAGGCAAAGCGUAAACGAAUAAAGAGUCGAACCAAGUGCCCAUCGACAAAGCAUAAAGCGGGUGUAAGAGCUUAUUUCUAGGAGCUCUGACUAUGUGUCGAUAAAGAGAGAGAAAGGAAUUAUAUAAAAAGGAAUGAGGUUAAAUAAAGGUAGUUCUUGUUUUUUUCUCCGGCUCCGCUGUGAAGUGCGAAGUUUGCUUAAACAAAUUGUCAGGUAGAACCAUUACCUAUUUAAAUUAUCGCGGGAGACUUCACCUGCAGAGACAACUGCAAAAGUUAUUCAGCCUACAAGAACCAUACAUCACCAACGGGAAAAGCGGAGAUAUGAGGCUAAGGUUUAGUCACACUUCGUGCUCCACCAUGGAAGAAAGUGACCGACAUGAAGCUACCUGUAUGUACACCCGCGAGCAAAUGUAUACAGACCACAGAGUCACCAAAAAAACUUCAUUUCUUCGUAAUUAACAAGCAUAAAUUGGAAUUGACGAGUACACUGAAAAGUUUGCAAUGCCAAGUUUGGACUGCAGUCCUCAAUUAGAAGUUGCGUUUAAAUGCAGAGGAAAUAAUCGGCUUGAUCGCGCAACUCCUGGUCCGUAUACUUUUGCUCACGGGUGUACGUUAGUACAUCACAGAUCAAGCUGAAAUAAGACUGCAAUUGGCUCGUAGAGGUCAAGACAAAGUUUCAGAACACCAAAUGCGUAGUUGAUGCAGCUCAGGUUGUACCUCGAAGAGUUAAUAUAUAAAGGAACACUGACAUUAAACUUCCGACUUUUCAUUUCUUUUAUUGCGUUAAUUGGAGGUGCCAGACCUCGAAAACGUAUAAAAAAUACUGGUAAGCAUCAAAGUGCGGUAACUAUUUAAUGUUAUAGCUUUCUUAUGUGCCAGUUUCUAUUUAGUUUCCUAGAAUGUACAUGCGCAAUGACGUCAUGCAUGACGCAGAAGGCCGGGUGCGAAAUGGAUGCGAAACAUCAGGAUGUUUUGACACUCUCCCCUGUUCGCUCAGUCACCUAUUACGCUAUUUAUGCAGCUACUCGCUGUGGACUGAAUAUUGAACUGCAUAUCGACAAGAACAGAAGCACGACAUGGCCAUUG